AUGACCUCCAAAAAUGACGCCAAGCUGCCUGAGCAGCAGCAUGAACAACAGGAGCAAGAGCAACAUCAGCAGCAUAACACUACAGGCGACCGUACACACGCCCAAUUCAGAUUCCCUUGGGAGGCUUACUCGCCAAGUCCGAGGAUAGGAUCGUCGACGAAGGAAGGUUACUUCAAUGCACCCAUACCCACGUUCCAGCAGCCCGCCGCCUUUGACACGACCUCGACGAGUCCUCAUGUUCAAUGGUCCCCUGGGUUUCAGUUUCCUACCAAACGCGGAUCCGAUGCCAAAGAUUGCGCGACGCAAAUCGACGCUUCUGUACAGCGCCAUGGUUCCACGGAAGGUCCAACGCCCAUCCGGCCAUCAUACAGUCCGAAACGAAGAAGAUCGUCAAUCUCUGGCAUCCCGAUCCCUCCAGAUGCGAUCCUUCCUGCUGAAGGGAGGCGUCCAUUCCCUCAGAGAAGACGUUCGAACUCAUUGCCAUCGGCUUCCGUCCCAUCACUGAACUCGGCGCCGGGAAAACCAGAAGUCCGCAAGGUCAUCUUCACGCCCAGUCCUUUCCGUCGUGACACCUUAUUUCCAACUGACGCAGGGCCCAAACCGCUAGCCACAUUCAAAGGUGAACGACUUGUCGAACAUCCCGAGGAAGAAUUCGAACACCUUCGACGACCCUCGACCCGUGAGAGUGUACGCAGUCUCGAGAGGUGGCACAACCUGAAGACUAGAGCCUCUCACAAAGCGCGUAGCAGAUCAUGUCAACUCCUCUUUGAAUAUUCAGUCUACACUUUUAUCGUGUGUUUCAUAUAUCUUGUCGCCAUUGGGCGACCGCUAUGGAAAGGGGCGGUGUGGUAUAUGUGGUACGCUCUCAAGUAUAUCUACACAAUCAAAGCAGGUUGCGUGGUUUUCAUCGGCGUCGCAUUCUUUUACUCUAUGGGCGCAUUGAUAGUUCACUAUGAACCCGACCCAGCACCAGUGUCGCCAGAUGAGCUUGCAUCACACAUCGAAAAAGCCGGCAGCACAGCAUUGAUCAUUCCGUGUUACAAAUCCGCGGGCGCCAUUGAAGCGACGCUACAGGCCGCUCUGAAGACCUUUCCGCCUCAGAACAUUUACGUCGUUGCAAAUGGCAAUAGUCCUACACCACUGGACGACACCGAGGAGGUUAUUCGACCUUACAAAGUCAAUCACAUAUGGGUGCCUAUCGGCUCGAAAAUCGUGGCCCAAUUCGUCGGCACCUAUGCUGCAUACAAAUUCCAGUAUGUCCUGAUGAUUGACGACGACUGCCUGCUUCCGGCCAACUUCCCAAUCGUCUCGGACCGCAUCCAACCCGGCACCAAGCACGGUCUGGUCAAGUGCGUUGGAUAUACCAUCAAAGCCACCGGUCCAAACGGCUCGAAAGGAAAUGCGAUUCAACAGCUUCAGGACUUGGAGUACAAGAUGGCGGGCAUGCAACGUCAGUUUGCUGGAAGUUGGGGCAGUGCCACCUUCGCCCACGGCGCCAUUGCUUUAUGGGAACGAGAUUUCAUUCUCAAGUGUUUCCGGCACCAUCCUGGCUUCAAGAUCUCGGAGGACUGGUACUUUGGUCUGGUCUGCCGAAACCUCGGAGGUCGGGUCGUCAUGUGCUCGUCUGUGUUGGUCGAAACAGAAGUCCCAUCUGGCCUGUUUGUCGGCUCCGGCUCCAGAGGCGGCUUUGGCGAGAUGACCGUGUACAAACAGCGCUUUUACCGCUGGAAUUUUCUGUUCUUGUUUCGCCUGUGGCACAAUCUCGAGCACAUUCUUUUCAAGUGGAAUCUUGGAGUUUACGAUAUCGGCUCCAAGAUCUACACCUUCCAAGGGUUCUAUGAAACUUUCCUGUAUAUCACGGGUCCGGUACUAUUGCCGAUCGCUUUUGCCAUCAAGCCCCGAUUUAUGGGAUUGAUGACUGGGGUUGUGAUGGCCAUGUACAUUCUUAUAGUCAAUUACUUUAAUGAGGUUACUUUACGCCGGAAAAAUGAGAUGGUUUCUCGAAAAGUUGUAAUGUUAUACUAUCCACCUUACAAAUUUGUGUUGAGGUUGAUGAACAUCGUUUCAGUGUAUUAUUCGGCGGUCAAAUACGCACAAUACUUUGCGAAACGACACCCUUCAAUCAUUGAAGACGCCCAAGCAGUGGAAUUGGUGAUCGAGUCGAAGAAAAGAGCAAAAAGUGUCGCUCCUCCCAUGCCAGACCGUAGACCUUCAUUCUUCAGAAGAUUGAGUCUGGGUCGAAGGAAGAGUACUGCUGUCGUCCAUCACGACGAGGAGAAGAUGCCUGCGAGACCGAAGACAGCUCCGGUAGAUGGCAUGAGUGUCGCGGACCAAGCUGUCCAACCUCAGAUGGUUGAGAUCGAUCGAAGGACGAGUGGUAUCGGGCCAUUUUCCAGGCGUCCUUCUACGGCUUCCGGGAAACGAAUGAGUGUCGCGGAUCAAGCUGUCCAACAUCCCAUGGAUGGCCUGAGUCCACGCGCGAGUGUUGAUGGAGUAGGGCCAUUCUCCAGACGUUCUUCUACGGCUCCUGGAAAACGAAUGAGUGUCACGGUUCAAGCUGCUCAACAUGUCAGGGAUGGCAUGAAUCCACGCGCGAGUGUCGGCGGUUUAGGGCCAUUCAUCAGGCGUCCGUCCACGGCUCAUGGGAAACGCAUGAGUGUCGCGGAUCAAGAGGUCCAACAACCGAUGGUUGAGAUGGAUCGACGCACGAGUGGUGUCGGGCCAUUCUCCAGGCGUCCCUCAACUGCCCCUAAUCGGACUGAAAGCGUCGAUGAGAAAGUGCUGUAG